AUGAAUUUGGAACUGGCGCAGUCUCAGUACAAGCACUCCGCCGGCUACGCGCCUGCCUCUGGCAACGCCAACGACCCCGUCGAGACCAUCCCGUACGGUAAACGCCGCGGCAAAGAACUACGCCCACCGACUCCAGCGCUCACUCUUCCGUUCCCUCUGAACUCACACGAGGGCAGGCGCCUACGUCGCGAACAGUUCUGCGAGCGCUACGCGAUCAACAAGGCUGACUUUGAGCAGCGUCUAGCUGCACGUGAAAUUCAACAGGCGCGUGAAUGGAUCCUUGCUGGUCCGUCAAAGCCGACAUUUGAGCAGCGUCUAGCUGCCAUCCCACCGGCGACACAUACACCGAUCGCCCCGAAGCCGAUACUCAUCGACUUCAACAAGCACACUCCCACCGACCUUGUCUGCAUCUUCACACCAAAGUUCGAUGGCAUGCUCAAACACCUCGACGUCUUCGAGACUCUCGAGCUUGACGAUCUCAACUCCGACCAAGUCCGCAAUCUCCGCCGACUCAUCGAACAGCUUACGCGCAUCAAGCACUGCCUAGCGGACUUCUGUAACAUCGUCAAAUAUGAGGAGUGGCGCAAGUGGGAAUUAGGGUGCAAAGAAAUAGGGGAUAUCUUGUUCAAAGGGCUACGCAAGAACAAAGCCCGGAUUGUACAAGCGCUCAGUGCAGUUUACGUGAACGGAUAUUUUGACGUGGAGACAAAUACAGUACCUGAAACUGUAGAGACAAAACAGGAAACCGUCGCGGAAUUCAGACAGCAACUGAAUAUCCAAGAAGAUGACACACCGUGGGAAUCAUUGACAGAUUACGAGAAAUACAUCGAAGUUCUCUUCACCCCACAAUACUUCAAUUACAUAGAAGAUACGCACGGUCCACCGACAUAUGAAGCAUCUGCUAAGUUAGUCAACCCAGAUGACGACAUAAUCUAUAUCUUCUUUCCAACAACCUCCAAUACAUAUUCGGAACCCUACGCCUGUUAUCUCACACAGGAUAACAUCGAGGUUGAUCUAUACUACAAACCGAUCAAUCCAGUCUACAACCUCAAAUUCUUGGAAGAAGAUUGGGAAUCACUUCGAGCGACACGAGCCGAAUCAUACGAGCUCGAUCUCAGUGAAUUCUUUUACGACGUCGGGUCAACUUCAAAGGAACGUGAAACACUCUACACAUACACUCGCCUCCUCUUUACCAUUCCGCAAUUCGACGGAACCAACUAUAAAAAGUGGUCCGACGCAAUCCGAGCCUUCCUGCGUUACCAGGGCGUCUGGUACUUGGUCCAGGGAUACGGUUUCACAGCGACCGUACCAGUCCCUGGUCUUGCCAGACCAAUAGCUGCAACAGGUACACCCACGGCUACGGAAAUUGCAGCUCAAGCUGCAUGGGAUGAGAAAAAUGACAAGGCGCUGGGCAUCAUCUAA